UGACAACUCAUGGACUGUACUGGGAACCUUAUUUAAAAAUCACUGUUCUUAAUCAAUGUCACAGAUAUGUGUUAUAAACCACCUUGCACCUGCGAAGUAAGAGAUUCUAACCUAAAAACUUGCAGUUUAUCAGUAGUGCAAUGGAAAGCUUGUUACGAACUCAACUAUUAGUAGGGCUGUCCAAGCGAGACGAAUAUUCGAAAUUGAUUCUCAAAUUUUUUGAAUCAAAUCGAUUAAAGUGGAAAAACAAAUUGACUACCUUUGUACAUCAGUUUUCACUGGGCAAGCGGCAGUGCAUCCUGCGACUCUCGCCUUUCACACACUUGUUUUCCUGAUCUUUAUCUCCCCUUUCAUUUUGCGUUAAAAAAUGCCCGGUGGCAUGUUAUUAGCAAUGUCAUGCAUGGUUAUAACUGAAAAGUUAUUUUCGGUUCUGUGACUGACAAAUCGAUUUGUGAAAAAUAUUCGAUUCCAAUCAUAAAAAAUAUUUGUUUUUAGACAGCCCUACCUAUUAGCCAGUCAAUUUAAUUAUAUUUUAUAAAAAUGUAAGGCUUCACAUUUCUCUGGUAUACCCACAAUCAGUGGGAUCUUAAUUCUGAUAUAUGUAGCUUCAAUUAUAAUCAGAAUUUUCAUGAAAUGCUGUAAAUUAAAAUUCCUGACAACUAUCAAUAUAAAUGAAUUUCAAUAUGUUUUAACCAAUUGCUAAACUUCUCCAGGUUGCAUGGACAUAUUUUAGUGAAUAUAAAGUAAAUAGAGUAAUAACUUGACAAUGGCAAAGGUUUCGGAUAAUGAGUUUGAUUUGGAUAUUGAUGUGAAUGAACACAAUGCAUUGAUGAUGGAAAAAAUGCAUAGUAUGAGAAUAGACGGACAACAUUCUGACCUCGUCAUCAAAGUAGGAAGUGAAGAGUUCCUGGUUCACAAAAACAUGAUGUCAGCUGGGUCUGAUUAUUUUGAUGCGAUGUUGUCACAUGAUAACUUGGAGACCAACACAGGAAUUGUUAAAAUGCAAGAUGUUGAUGUGGAAUUUGUAAAAGUUUGCAUUGAUUAUAUUUACACUGGAAAAGCUUCAAUUACUUUGGAGAAAAGUGAACAACUACUCCAUGUUGCAACUUUGAUGCAGUUGUCAGUACUUUGUGAUAAGAUAGCCGAGUUUCUCAAAGCUAAGUUGGAUGUGAAGUCACUUCUCAUCAUUCAACAAAUUGCUUCUAAGUUCACAAUUCAAACAUUAAAAACAGCUUGUGAUUAUUUUGCAUUGACUAAUAUGGGUGCAAUUUCUCAGGAAGAAUACUUCAAUCAAUUGGAUGUGGAAUUCAUCUCCCUCAUGGUUGGAUCGAAAAGUUUUGCCUAUUCUGAAGAUUCCAAACUUGCUGUUCUUCUGCAGUGGAUCAAAGCUGAUAUUGACCAACGAAGGAAGCUUCUGGUUGAAAUGAUAAAUUUAAUAAACCUGAACAAUGUUUCUUAUCGAUAUGCAACAUUCUUAGUGGAAAAUGAAAGACUGUGUUCUGAAUCACCUGUGAUUUUGAAAUUAUUGUUUCUCAAAAUGGCGGAGAAGAUUGGCGUUGAAGGAGCAUCUGCAGAAAUCCCCGCUAGUGCAUCUGAAUUCAAUGCUUUUGCUGUUUUUGACAAGACUUCCAAAACAAUAAAUUCAUUCUAUCCAGAAAAAAGUGAAUGGCAGGAAUUAAAAAAUCUGCAUGAUAGUAUGGUAAACAGCAAUUACACUGCUGUCAUGGUGAAGGAUUUUAUCUAUGUUUUUAUUGGUAAUUGUUCAGUAUAUCGAAUUAAUAUUUCUGAACCAGAUUCAACUUGGAAUAAAAUUGCUGAUCAUCAAUGUCACCAUGGUCAAUAUUUACGAGCAGCAGUUUGUGAUGGAUUCAUUUAUUUGUGUGACAAGGAAACAUUGGACGAGUACAAUAUCAGUCAAAACAUGUGGACGGUGGUAAAAAGUGAAAAAAUUACGCUAUACAAUUGUACUUUAGUUGGACUGCAGGAAUCACUUUAUGUAAUAGGAGGUUUUUUAAAUGGUAGUUCAUCCUCAGUGAGUCGAUAUUCACAACAAUCUUCUUGGUCUUCAGUCAAAGCGAUGAAUGUUUACAGGCAAAAUCCUGCUGCUACUGUUUAUGGAAAUCGAAUAUUUGUAGCAGGCGGAUUUCAAGGUGUAUAUUUAUCUAGUACAGAGUUCUAUAAUCCACAGACAGAUUCUUGGACAAAUUUACCAUCCAUGACUGUUCCUCGGGGUGGUUUUUGUCUUUAUGCUGUAGAAAACAAACUAUUUGCAAUUGGAGGUGAUAGAGAGGGAUCAAAAUCAGUUGAGAAAUACAAUUUUGAAUCAAGUCGUUGGGAGCAUCUUAUGAAUUUUCCAGAAAAUAUGGAUAUUGCUCCACGAGCCAGUCUGGCAUUUAAACUUCCACCAUAUUUUAUAUUUAGUGAGUUGUCUAAAUAUUUUAUUACAAUGGAAUUUGAUCUUGGUAUUGAUGAAAAUGAACACAAAAACAUAAUGAUGACGAAACUUGAUGAUUUGAGAAAAAAGAAACGCCAUUCCGAUCUCACAAUCAAAGUAGGAAGUGAAGAGUUCCUGGUUCACAAGAACAUGAUGUCAGCUGAUGUUGAUGUGGAAUCAGUAAAGGUUUGCAUUGAUUACAUUUACACUGGAAAAGCUUCAAUAACUUUGGAAAAAAUUGAACAACUACUCCAUGUUGCAACUUUGAUGCAAUUAUCAGUACUUUGUGAUAAGAUAGCUGAGUUUCUGAAAGCUAAGUUGGAUGUGAAAUCAUUUCUCAUCAUCAAACAAAUUGCUUCUAUGUUUGAAAUUCCAACAUUAAAAACAGCAUGUGAUGAUUUUGCAUUGACUAAUAUGGGAGCAAUUUCUCAGGAAGAAUACUUUAAUGAAUUGGAUGUGGAAUUCAUCUCUUUCAUGGUUGGAUCCAAAAAUUUAGCUUAUUCUGAAGAUUCCAAACUUGCUGUUCUUCUGCAGUGGAUCAAAGCUGAUAUUGGCCAACGAAGGAAGCUUCUGGUUGAAAUGAUAAGUCUGAUAAACCUGAACAAUGUUACUUAUCGAUAUGCAACAUUCUUAGUGGGAAAUGAAAGCCUGUGUUCUGAAUCACCUGUGAUCAUGAAAUUAUUGUUUCUUAAAAUGGUUGAAAAGUUUGGUGUUAAAGAAGCAUCUGCAGAACUUCCUGCUUGUGCAUCUGAAUUCAAUGCUUUGGCAGUUUUUGACAAGACUUCAAAAACAAUAAAAACAUUGGAGCCGAAAAAAAAUGAAUGGCAGGACCUGAAAAAUUUGCAUGAUAGUAUGGUAAACAGCUUUUACACUGCAGUCAUGGUGAAGGAUUUCAUCUAUGUUUUCAUGGAAAAUUGUUCAGUAUAUCGUAUUAAUAUUUCUGAACCAGAUUCAACUUGGAAUAAAAUGGCUGAUCAACAAUGUCACCAUGGCCAGUGUUUACGAGCAGCAGUUUGUAAUGAAUUCAUUUAUCUGUGUGACAAUGGUACAUUGAAGGAAUAUGAUAUCAGCAAAAACGUGUGGAGUGUGGUAAAAAGUGAAAAGAUUUUGUUAAAAUAUUGUACAUUAGUUGGACUCCAGGAAUCACUUUAUGCGAUUGGAGGAUACUCGGGUCGUAGUUUAUCAUCAGUGAAGCGAUAUUCACUACCAUCCUCUUGGUCUUCAGUCAACGCUAUGAAUGUUCCAAGGCGGCUUCCUGCAGCCACUGUUCACGGGAAUCGAAUAUUUGUGGCAGGCAGAUGGAAUAUUACAUACUUGUCUAGUUCAGAGUUUUACGACCCACAAACAGAAUGUUGGACAAAUUUAGCAUCUAUGAUCGUUCCUCGAUAUAGUUUUUGCCUUUCUACUGUUUGCGGUGAAUUAUUUGCAAUAGGAGGUAAAGAAGACGGAUCAAAAUCAAUUGAGAAAAACAGUUUUAGUUCAAGUCGUUGGGAGCAUCUUAUGAAUAUUCCAGAAAAUAUUGCUCGACUUGCCAGUCUGGCAUGUAAACUUCCACCAUAGUAAAUGCUAAAUUCAUUGCAUCAGCAUUAUGAAU